GGCGCGACGACGUACGUCACCGUCCUCGCCGCGGGGGUGUUCACGUCGCUAUCGCCGUGCACGCUGAGCGUGUUGCCGCUGACGAUUGGAUACAUCGGCGGGUACGGCGGCGGCGGCGGCGCGGGCGAAGCGCCGAGCGCGGAAGAGCGCGCGAAAACGGUGCGCGUGGCGAGCGUCGCGUUCGCCGGAGGAUUAGCGAGCACACUGGCGGCGUUAGGAGUGGUAGCGGCGAGCUUCGGAGCGGCGUACGGGCAAGGCUUGGGCGACGGAUUGCCGACGGCGGCGGCGGCGCUCGCCGUCGCCAUGGGAUUGAACCUGUUAGACGUCGUCGAGGUGAGCUUUCCGUCGUUCGGGGCGAAUUUCGAUCCAAAGUCUGUGCGAGUGUCGCCGGUGCUGCAGGCGUACAUCGCGGGGGCGGUGUUCGCGCUGGCGGCGUCGCCGUGCGCGACGCCGAUUUUGGCGACGUUGUUGGCGUACGCGGCGUCGAGCGGUGAUCCGUUGUCGGGGGGGACGUUGCUGUUGACGUACACGUCGGGGUAUGUCGCACCGUUAUUAUUCGCCGCGACGGCGACGGAUGGGUUGAAAUCCGUGAUGGCGCUGCGGGAGAAGAGCGCGUGGGUGAAUCCGACGAGCGGCUUUUUGCUCGUCGCCGGAGGCACGUACGCGUUCCUUUCG